AUGAGGAAAGGAGUAUACCCCUAUGAGUACAUGAACAGCUUCUCCAGGUUCGAUGAGACUCAGCUACCAGCACAGAGUGAGUUCUACUCUUCACUGUCUGAUGAGGGGGUGAGUGACGAUGACUACAAACAUGCUGAGACAAUGUGGAUGAAAUUCGACUGUCAGACUCUUGGUGAUUAUCACGACUUGUAUCUCAAGACCAACGUGUUUCUCUUGGCUGACAUCUUUGAGAAUUUCAGAGUAGAAGCUGUCAGAACGUAUCAGCUGGAUCCAGCAAAUUACUACACUCUGCCUGGUUUUGCCUGGGAUGCUCUGUUGAUGUACUCAGGUGUGUCCUUGGAAUUACUAACAGACUAUGAUCAGCACUUGUUUGUAGAAUCAGGAAUGAGAGGCGGUGUGUCGAUGGUCUCACAACGAUAUGCUGCUGCUAAUAAUCACUAUCAGGAGAAAUUUGAUGCUGAUCAGCCAUCGUCAUUUAUCCAGUAUCUCGAUGCCAACAAUCUCUAUGGUUGGGCAAUGUCACAGCAUCUCCCAGUGUCUGAUUUUCGGUGGGAGAAACCAUCAGAGAAACUCCUGAACAAGAUACUAAAUACUCAAGAUGAUUCCUCAUCGGGGUAUAUCGUCGAGUGUGAUCUGGAAUAUCCACACGAACUUCAUGGGAAGCACAACGAUUAUCCAGUUGCUCCGGAACGUCUUUCCGUCAAUGAGGACAUGCUAUCUCCAUACCAGCAGGAGCUUAUUGAUAAACUCAAUUCUUCCGGAGUAGAUGCUCUCAAACUUGUACCAAACUUGAGGGACAAGACAAAGUACGUUCUCCAUUACCGAAACUUGAAACUCUACACUCAGCUCGGACUACGUUGUGUCAAAAUUCAUCGUGCUCUGAAAUUUACUCAGACACCGUGGAUGAGAAACUACAUCGAGAAGAAUACAGACCUCCGGAAGAAGGCAAAGGAUGAUUUCUCUAAGGACUUCUAUAAACUGAUGAACAAUGCGGUGUUUGGGAAAACUAUGGAGAACGUUCGGAGGAGAGUCAACAUAAAAUUGUUGAGAAGUCGUGAGGAGAAGAAAAUCAAACAGCUUGUUGCCAAACCAACGUACAACCGCCAUGUGAUCUUCAACGAUGACCUGGUCGGGGUACAAAGUAACAGGACAAAGGUCGUCCUCAACAAACCCAUAUAUGUUGGGAUGUCGAUUUUGGAUCUCUCAAAGACACUCAUGUAUGACUUUUACUACAAUCACCUGAAAGUGAUGUAUGGCUCUGAUGUGAGACUCUUGUACACCGAUACAGACAUUCUUCAUUUCUUUACUGAUGAUCUGUUUGAUGACAUGAGUGAGUUUCUUGAGAAGCAUGAUACAAGCAAUUAUGAUCAAUCACAUCCGUUAUAUUCCGAGAAAAACAAGAAAGUUGUUGGCCUGUUCAAAGAUGAACUCGGUGGAAAACUGAUCACUGAGUUUGUAGGACUUCGUUCCAAGAUGUACAGUUACUCUGGUGAGGAAAGUGGAAAAAGAGCAAAGGGGGUGAAAAAAGCAGUGCUCAAGAAAACUAUCACACAUGAUGAUUUCCGAAAUUGUCUCUUGGAUCAAUCCGUGUUCCAUCGAGAAAUGACAACACUCCGGAGUCAUAGUCACGUUAUAUUCGGAGAAACGGUUAAUAAGAUAGCCUUAUCACCAUUGGACACAAAACGAUACAUCACAGAAGAUAGAUGUAGCACGUUAGCGUUCGGACACCAUGAAAUACCAAAAUAUCUGGCUGAGGAGGGGUUUGAUAGUAGCAUUUCAUUCAUGAGUUAUGCUCCGGAUAUGAUGAAGCAGUUCGUCCAGUGA